UUCUACUACAGCACUUCAUGUGCAGAUUUUGACAAUUAUAUUUUCCAGAGAAGACAAAGAUGAAAUAUCUCUACCACGUAUGCAUUGUACUUCUUGUGGCAAUGACAAGAGAGGUGAAAACGUCAGACCAGUCUUUUGCAUUGUGCGAGGGUCACAAGGGCUUCAUACGCUGUUUGCAAGGAACGAAAAUUCAGAUUGUGUCUGCCAACUACGGACGAACAGAUUCACAAGUCUGUCCUAAAAGGAACUGUAGUUCACAAACUUGUCGAUCAAAGAAGUCAGAACUCAAGGUGAAAUGGAACUGUAAUGGGUACCAGACCUGUCAUCUUCAUGCUUCUAAUCAAAAUUUUGGAGACCCGUGUCCUAAGUACUCCAAAUAUCUAGAGAUCAGCUAUCGAUGUUUAAAGAGUCCAAAUCAAGAAAGUAGUGAAAAAUCGUUAAUUGCAUUCAAUGCGUACACAACCAAGCUAUUGCAUCUACAUAAAUACACUCCCGUCAAUGUUGUAUACGAUGGUGUUUAUUACAACUAUGGAAAUGCCUACAAUCCUCAUAGUGGAUUCUUUACAGCCCCCUCUGGCGGACUCUACGUGUUUUCUUGGACAAGUCUUGUUUCUGCACGAAAACUUUUUAAUGCUCAUAUUCUUGUAAAUGGAGUCAACAAAGGGUACGGAAACUGUAACAAUGAAGCCAAUCCAGGUUAUGGAAAUUGUGCAAAUACGGUACCCUUGAUUCUGAAAACUGGAGACAAGGUGAACAUAAGGACUACUCAUGCAAAUUACUUGUAUAAUGAAUGGUCUAGUUUUAAGGGAUGGAAAGUAAAAUAA